AUGGGAGAUGGCACUGUUUGCCCCAAAAUUAAGAAAAGACUUGAGAAGAAUGAUGAUUUGUCAGCUACAUGUCAUGCAUCAAAUGCAGGGGAUGGAAUAUUCCAGGUUGAUAACAAAGGGAGAUCUUACAUAGUGGACAUAAAAGCUUUAAGUUGUACUUGCAAAAGGUGGGACCUCAAUGGCAUACCAUGCCAUCAUUCUGUUGUUUGCUGCAAAGAUGAGAGAAUUGAGCCUGUGGACCUAGUUGACAAAUGCUACAGCAUUGCCUCAUUUCUGAAAGCCUACCAGCCUAUCAUCAUGCCAGACAGAGAUGAGAGAGAGUGGGAAAAGAUGCAUGGUCCAGUGAUCAAACCCCCACCCAAUGACAAAAAGGGAAGGCAUCAGAAGAAUAGAAGGAAACAACCACAUGAAGCCAAGGACAAGAGAGGAGGCAAAAAGCUCACAAGGCAUGGUGUGGUCAUCACUUGCUCUCAUUGCCAAGAGGAGGGUCACAACAGAGCAGGUUGCAACAAGAGGAAAGCUGGUUUGCCACCUGUGAGGCAUGUGCCACAACCACAACCUAUUCCUCCUAUUCCUGUUGACUCAUCAGAUGAUGAACAACAGAAUGUGCAUCAAGUUGAAGUUGAUUCAGGCAGUGAAGAAAGUGAAGAGGAACCAGUAAUAACUCAGGAAGUGUUUGGUGACACAAUGGUACAACAGAUGAGAAGGGAGCAACAAUCAUCUAGGAGACCUGGACUUUCUCAGCAACCCAUGCCUGAAUCAAGCUUCAUUAGCUCAGCAAGAGCUCAGAGUAGUAGCAUGCCACAUGUUACUACAACUGCUAGCAGGGAUGGUAGUCAAGCCAUGAAGCUCAGGCAGAUGAAGAUGGAGAAAGACAGAGAAAUGGCAGAGAAGAGAGAUGCUGCACUGGAGGCACUAAAUGCUGCAGCAGAGAAGAGAGCUGCUGAGGCACAAGAGAAGAGAGACCUGGCUGCAAAGAAGAAAGCAAUAGAAAGAGAAGCAAAGAAGCAUGAAACACAACAGAAAAGAGCUGCUAAUGUUGCAAAGAAGAAGGAAAUAGCUGAAGCAAAUAGAGCAAUUGUCCUACAACAAAGAGAGAAGAAAACAGCAGAGCUGGCAGCUGCUAGAGAGGAGGCAAGGAAGAGAAAAGCUUCUGAGCUUGCUGCCAAAAGAAAGGAAGAUCAGCACAACAGGUCCAGGCUGAAGAGGGCCUCUACAAGUGCACAUGACAUGGGAGGUGGCUCUACAAGCAAGAAAACCAGGAAGGUCAGCAUGUUUGAUGAACUGAGAGAGCCUAGGAAGUAG